AGACUGCAGGGGCGGGGCUUGAGAAGCGGCUCAUUAAAACCCAGCGUCUGUCCGGACAAAGCGCCAUUCACGAAGACUCCUCCGCCUGAUUUUCCUCCGUAAACACACGCGCGCAGCUGUCAUCAUGGUGUACGAAGUGGAGAGUCUCGAUGACUUCCGAAAACAACUGAAGGACGCCGGAGACAAGCUGGUGGUGGUGGACUUCACCGCCACGUGGUGUGGCCCCUGUAAAAUGAUCGGCCCAUAUUUUGUAGAACUGUCGAACGAGUAUCCCAACGUGGUUUUCCUGAAGGUGGACGUGGAUGAAGCUGAGGAUGUCAGUUCAAGUUGCGAUAUCAAGUGCAUGCCCACCUUCGUAUUUUUCAAGAAUGGAGAGAAGGUGGACGAUUUCGCCGGUGCUAACCGUGAGAAACUACUAGAGCUGCUGAAGAAACAUCUUUAAGUCCCAAAGACCAAACCACACACGACCCUGUUCUACGUGCUCCACAGAAACCGCCAGUAGCCUCGCCUCUGUCCACGCAAUGCACGACCAUCGGCUCCUGUUUUUCUAAAUAGCAGGCGGACAUUUAUUCUACUCAUGUGCUAGUUCCAUAGUCAUGUCACAUCCAUGUAUGUAACAUUCAAACACUUUUAAAAUCCUGUACAGAGAAUUUGUCUUUUUCUCCUGAACGUCUCGUUGUAACGUGUUCAACAAGGUGGGAUUAAUAAAUGAAGAUGAGUUACAUCAA